AUGGCUAAGGGCAAGCUGGUGGUUGCGUCCGACCGAGAGAGGAAGAGCGCGCAGUCAAAGGCGAACCAGAUGACGGAUUGGAUCCUGCCUCGCGGAGCUUCCUCUCUCCCUCUCCCCCAACGCCUCGGCCUUGUCGAAUUCAACCACUCCUUCUGCUAG